AUGACGCUCUUACAGAGACUUCAGGCCAUGUCCGCCACCACGGCCAGGACGAUGCUCGAGGGCAGCAUCGGCGGCGGCGAUACAAAGGAGCCACGACUCCAGCUCCACUUGCAGCCCUCGGAAAGGCAGCGGCUACCCGUGCUGGAGGACUCUGCGUCACAUGCCCGAUAUUUGAAAUUCAUUGCCGAAGGCCUCAUAGAUGAGGGCGGCCUGGGCAGCGCGGGCGGCAGUGGGAGCAGUAUCGCUGUGACCGUAGAAGACGUUGUGGCUGGGCAGGCACAGGACAUGGACGCCGGCGACGCCUCCUCGGACGACGCCGACGGCAGCACACAUCUGACAUUAGUCUUUGUCAAGUGCUUCGUUAUUGGUUUCAUCAUUCUGGCCGCCAUCCUGGGCAACAUGCUGGUGAUUGUGUCCGUCAUGCGGCACCGGAAAUUACGCAUCAUCACCAACUACUUUGUGGUUUCACUGGCCGUCGCCGACAUGCUGGUCGCCCUCUGUGCAAUGACAUUUAAUGCUUCCGUUAUGAUCUCGGGCAAGUGGAUGUUCGGUUCCGUGAUGUGCGACAUGUGGAAUAGCUUUGACGUCUACUUUUCCACCGCCAGCAUCAUGCACCUCUGCUGCAUAUCCGUCGACAGAUACUAUGCUAUUGUCCAGCCCCUGGACUAUCCGCUAAUUAUGACUCAGCGGCGCGUGUACAUCAUGCUGCUGAUGGUGUGGCUGUCGCCGGCGCUGCUCUCAUUCCUGCCCAUCUGCUCCGGAUGGUACACAACGACCGAGAACUACAAGUAUCUCAAAUCAAAUCCGCAUAUAUGCGAGUUCAAAGUGAACAAGGCGUACGCCAUAGUCAGCUCGUCGAUGAGCUUCUGGAUACCCGGCAUCGUGAUGCUGUCCAUGUACUACCGCAUUUACCAGGAGGCCGACCGUCAGGAGCGGCUGGUGUACAGAUCCAAGGUGGCCGCCCUGCUGCUGGAGAAGCAUCUCCAGAUUAGCCAAAUUCCCAAGCCGCGCCCGAGCAUCCAGGUGGAGCAGUCAACCAUAACGACGAUGCGGCGGGAGAGGAAGGCCGCCCGCACCCUGGGCAUCAUAAUGAGCGCCUUCCUCAUCUGCUGGCUGCCCUUCUUCCUCUGGUACAUCGUGUCCUCGCUGUGCGAUAGCUGCAUCACGCCCCGACUCCUGGUUGGCAUCCUGUUUUGGAUCGGCUACUUCAACUCGGCCCUGAACCCCAUUAUUUAUGCGUACUUCAAUCGCGACUUCAGGGCCGCCUUCAAGAAAACCCUCAAGAGCCUCUUUCCCUACCCGUUCUCCUUCUGCCGCCGCGGCGGGGGACGGGACGAUGACCGGGACUUGGAAUUCGGCGGCCCGAGCCGGAGGGGAACGAAUGGAGCCCGGGCUGGGUCCGGAUCGGCCGAGAUGCCCAACUGCGUCAACUCCACGGCCUCGUCCGAGAUUCACAUGAGCGUGAUGCGCGCCCGUCAAUAUGCCGCUACGCCCACCACGGAUGCCCAGAUGCAGCAGCUGCAUCCACUGUACACCAACUAA